AUGGUCAAACAGGAACCCUUUGGGGUGGAGCAAUUUAUGGACAAGUAUGAAACCGCCAUUGACUUCAAUAUGGGCGAGACUUGCGUUGAUUCUCUCAAGAUGAGUGAGAUUCUUCCUCCUUCAGAACAAGAGUCAGUGGCUCAGAAGCUCCUCGACACUAAAUUGACCUACGGCCAUAUCAAGGGAUCACCAGAACUUAAGAAAGAGAUUGCCGCUUUAUAUGAUGAUUCAAUUACCGAGGAGAAUGUCGUGGUCACUAAUGGUGCAAUUGGGGCCAACUUUUUGCUAUUUUACAGCUUGGUGGAGAAAGGUGACCAUGUUUUGGUGAUUGAGCCCAGCUACCAGCAAUUGAGCUCAGUCCCCAGGAUGUUUGGCGGUCUGGUUGAUGUAUUUCAAAUCCGCUUGGAGGACAAAUAUUUACCAGACCUUACUCGAUUGGAGGACGAGAUCAAGACUAAUAACACGAAGCUUCUUGUCAUAAAUAACCCCAAUAACCCCACUGGAUUUGUGUGGGGUGACGAUGUGAUGGAGAAGGUAGUGAGUGUCUGCAAGAAGCAUGGUGUGAUGCUCAUGUGUGAUGAGGUUUACAGGCCGCUCUACCACGAAUCGGAAGUCGUGAAGUCUGUUGUGUCCUUUGGAUAUGAUAGAACCGUGUCCACAGGCUCAAUGUCAAAAGCAUUUUCCAUGGCAGGACUUCGCUUGGGAUGGAUCGUCACGAAAAAUUUGAAAUUAAUUGAGUCGAUCUACGAAAAGCGAGACUACAGCACUAUAGCUGUGCUGGUAGUCGAUGAUAUGUUGGCGACCCUAGCAUUGCGCAACAGAAAUCAGAUCAUAAAAAGAAGCCACGAGAUCUGCAAGAGAAACCUUGACGUGCUUCAAAAUGAAAUUGACAAGCUGAACGGGCUUCUUCAAUGGCAACGGCCAAAAGGUGGAAGCACCUGUUUCAUCAAGAUCAAUGCUAAUGUAAACACUUUUGCAAUGGCAGAUGAGUUAGCAACCAAGCAUAAAGUUUUGGUGGUGCCUGGAGAGCUCUUUAACCAACCGGGUUACAUUCGAGUAGGAUUUGGUAACAAUGAGAGAGACAUUCGAGAGGGACUCAAGAUAUUACUUGCGUGGCUUGCAAACCACAAUUGA